GGAUUGAUUCAGGGUCGAAGUUGACACGCGCGUGCUUCCUAACUAUCAUCUGCUUGAAGAGCGCCAAGCAUCUUCUCCAUCCCAUCCCGCCACGACGGGUACACAACUCCCAGGAGCCGGACAAGAAACAGAGCCCGUUAGCAAGGAAAAAAACGCAGCCAUGCCUUCGCCUCGGCUGAAUGCCCUGCCGUGGCUGCUGCUGGGGGCCUGCACGGCCUUCGCUUUAGCCGGCACCACCGCCCAAGCCCCCGACAUGAUGACAUCCAUGAGCCUCGACCGCCUUGACGAGAGGCUACAAGAAUGCGAGGUCGUGAAGCAGCUGAACGUCGAGAAGGCUGCCCACCAUGCUGCCGAGGCGUCGUCCUCGAUGGACGCCCUGCUCGCCAUGCUCUUCCCCGGUGGCCCGGCCAUCAAUGCCAUCCUCGCGACCUUCUACAUAUCCGGCCCCCCGACCUUUCUCCUCGCCCUAUGCCCCAAGAACAUCGACCCCGCCUCGCUCUCCACCAUGGUUGCCUUCGCCGUCGGCGGCCUGAUGGGCGACACCCUCUUCCACCUGCUGCCCGAGAUCUUCGUGGGCGAGGACGAGCCGGAGCGCAUGCGCCUAGUCCUCGUCGAGCCGAACCGGAACCUACUGCUCGGCGUCGGAAUCCUCGUCGGCUUCAUGGCCUUUGUCGCCAUGGACAAGGGGCUGCGCAUCGCGACCGGCGGCGGGGGCGGGCACGACCACUCACACGGGCACUCCCACUCCCACGACGUGUCCAUGCCGAGCGCCUCUUCCACGGCCGUCGACGUGGGCAGCGGCGUCAAGUCGAGAAAGCGCGAUACCGCCGCUGCCACUGCCGGCGAGAUGACCCCUGAGGGCGACGAGUCCAAGGACAAGGACGCCGCACAGAGCGUCAACUCUAGUGGCCUGCUGAAUCUCAUUGCCGACUUCACGCACAACAUCACCGACGGGUUGGCCAUGUCGGCGUCCUUCUACGCGUCGCCCACCAUCGGUGCGACCACGGCGCUGGCAGUGGCGCUGCACGAGUGCCCGCACCAGGUCGGCGACUUUGCGCUGCUCGUGCAGUCGGGCUUCUCCAAGUGGUCGGCGAUCGGCCUGCAGUUCGUCACGGCCCUGGGCGCGCUCCUGGGCACCCUCAUCGGCAUCGCCGUGCAGGAGCUCGGCGGCAGCGGCGGCGAGCCCGUGCCCAUCGCCGGCGGCCUGCUCGGCACCAGCCUGACGUGGGGCGACAUGCUGUUGCCCUUCACCGCCGGCACCUUCCUCUACGUCGGCACCGUCGCCGCCGUGCCCGAGCUGCUCGAGACGGGCUCCGGCGGCGCCGCGGCCGAGGUGCGCAAGACGCUGACGCAGUUUGUUGCCGUCGCGCUCGGCGCUGGCAUCAUGCUCUACAUAUCGUGGCACUGAAGGGGGGGUGAGCGGAUGCGAGCUGCGCCUGCCGGUGCCAGCCUAGGUCAGGUGGAUUGUGUGUUGUGUAUAAAGACCCAUGGCAGGACGUUGAUGUGAAGAUGCCUGCUCAUACUAGACGCACUUGGUGCAUACAAAUCACGGCAUAUAGACGUGGCAUACAUAGAGGCGGCUACCAAAACGCACUUUGGAGUGGAAAGGUCAAACAAGCAACCCCGGCGAUGGCGUGACUGUCAGACCGGUCCAUAACAUCUCGGGCGGUAGCAAAAAAACCUAGCCGGUCUACCAACCUCGCAAGGGGUAAACAAACUCCCACGGCCCUGGUGAGCCGCGAGACAGACAUGGGAUUCCAAUGCCCUGUGCCGAGCUGUGUUCGGCAAGCGACGGCUCAAAGAGGAUCCCCGACAGGCCACAGCAAAUAUCAAGGACAGAAGCGAUCCAUCUGGCCUCGAACAGCGCACCGGCAGCUGCGGGUCUGCCCGAGAAAUUCUCUUAUUUUGAUAAAUGCCCCCACAAUAAACGGGCGACACCUCAGCCUCAUGCCCCUGCAGACGUUGUUUCCUGUUAGUCACGCCCAGCCCACGUUCCUGAGGUGCCAAGGACAGACGCGGCUCAAAAUGACUUCCCGCUGCUUCUAGACGCCGCAGAUAGAGGGGGUCCGUGUCUUGGUUUCUAG